GUCAAAGUCUCGGAUACGUGUACUAGUGUGGGGUGGCCAGUGGAUGUGAUGUUGUGAGCGAACGAGCAGUAGUGAAAGUGGUGAAAGAAUUUUCCCAGAACAGAAUCCCGCCUAGAUUUCCAACUUCAACUUUAUCAACCACUCGGCAGAACAACAAAAACUAACGCCGAUACGAGCUUAAACGAUCAACGACACGAUGGCAUCCCGUGGUGGUCCAAUGGUUAUCGGCACGGACGGAGCUGAUUUCGAGCACAGGCAGCGUGUGGCCGCACAUUACCAAAUCAGCGCACUCAACAAGGCCCGAUUAAAAUAUUGCAUUUUCUUUCACUACCUGCUUUUUUUCGUGAUGCUAGUGAAACUGUCCGCCGACGUUCUGGACCGUUUGGACAUUUUCAUUUUGGAAAUUGAAGAGCUACAGAUUCCGCAGCCCCUCUGGUGGGAGUACUUCUGGUGUUUGUCAGUGUUUCUCUCCUUUGUUGGUCUCUCUGCGGCGCGACGCAACCGGAUAAACGAUAUGAAAAAGUACAUGGUCGGUAUCAGUACGAUCGCUUUCGCACCGCUGCUGUACUGUAUCAUCUACUAUCUGAACGACGUGCUCGAGUAUCUCAGCCUGGAGGAAGGAAUUGAUUUGGAUCAGACAGACAUCUUCGUCUGGCAGGUAAUUGGUUAUCCAUAUGGCUUGCUGUGGUACGGAUUCGUUCUGCUGGCACUCCAGGUUCACUUCUUCUCACUAUACUUCGCUUGGAAUCUCGUCAAAGCCUGGAGAGCCCGUGGAACGCUCAAAAAGGAGACCUAAACGCUAACAUCGCUAACAUUAGGAGGAUUUGAGCAACAGCUGCAAACGGUAUCUAAACAUGGAUAGACAAUAUUUUUUGACUAGUGCAAUGUAUUUCGACUCUCGAUCAAAUAAUUCGUGCUUUUUCUCUACAUUGUAACCUUCUCGCAAUCCCACCACCAUAGUGUUAGGUUCGAUUCAGGAGAGGUACAAACAUUUCAAGUGUCGCUUAGCGGUAAGCAGUACUACUUAUUGGUGUUGUAGAAAUAAUGAAAUGAAACUUACAAUCCAGUUCUAUAAUUAAAAAAACGUAUUUUCAUCAUUAGUUCCACAGUCAAUUCUGCCAGCUCAUCAAGCUCUAUUCAGUAUCCUAUUUCAUCUAUCACUUCAAAACUUUAGGAGAAAGCAAAGGGAGAAACGCCCCAGACCUUUAAACACCAUGGAUACAAUCCGCGCCACACCACCAUACGAUAAAUAACUUACUUUUAAAACGAACGAAAGAAAGGCUGCCGCAGACCUUAAGUAUAAUAUACUUUUUAUCAUUUUUUUGUAGUCGGAUUUAUUCGUUGAUAGUUGAUCAACACACAUGAACUGAGACUUUCACAACUAAAGACAACAUAGAACCUGAGGAUUGUUAAGUACACAGUAAACCAGAUCGUUGUUAGUAAACUGAUAAGCGAGAAUAUAACAUAACAAAGAGCUCAAUUUAUUUGAUGUUUACAAAAUAAGCUAAGAAGAAUUACAGGAAAAUCGUUACAAAUAUUUUGAAACAAAAAAAAAGCAACAGAACGGAACUGCUAGUAGAAAACGCGAGCCUAUUAUAAACUACGGAGCUACAUUUUGAAGUGAAAUUAUUGUUAGUAAAAGAGACAGAACUGCACCUGUGAAUAACCAAUAUUUUGGGGAGAGAAAAAAGAGCAGAAGCGAUCGUGAAUCGAGACAAGGAGAAGAGACAAACCGAUAUUUAUUGUGAACACCAUUGUUAAAACAGUUUUUAUGUAAUUGCUGGAAGGAUGGAGACUUUAAAGGGGAGGACAAAUAAAGUUGUUGUGAAUGUGAAA